CAUAUUGUAUUGUGUUUCUAUGGUAUUUAUCUCUGAGAUUAUCUCAUGAACUUUGGAUUCAUUGGAGUGCACAGGAUAAUAAAGAUCACCUGCUCAAGACAACAGGCGAAAAUGAGCCUGACUGUGUAAGCCAGUAUCGUUAUACACACAAGGAAACUGGACAACAUAAAAAAAAAAAGAGAUGAAAGGGGGUGAACGUUACUGAACGCUGUAGGGAAGAGUUAAACUAAACCAGAGGAUAAAAUGAUAUACACAGACUUAAGAGUUUUGAUGUGACAGAUUAGCUUUGUGUUGUGCUACCUUUGACUCUAUCGCAAAACUGUAGCCUCAUCUGAUUUGUUGGACACUGAAAGGAACCAAGCAAGCAAACAAAAUGUCAUUUUCCCAAGGAUCAGCCAUGUCUUUGUCGGACAGCCCCGAGCUGAGGCUCAUCCUGAUCGGGGAGAAAGAGGCCGGCAAGAGCGCGGCAGGGAAUGCCAUUCUGGGCAAGAAGGCCUUCGAUGCGGUGGGCAUGAGGACGCGGGCGAGCCUGCAGAACCAGGCGGUGGUGCGGGGUCAGCUCCUGACCCUGGUGGACACUCCUGGCUGGGAGUGGUUCUCUCUCCGCGGCACCCCGGCCUCCAGCAGCGCCGUCCGGAGGGAGAUGGUGGCCGGCAGCGCCGAGCUGUGCCAGCCGGGCGCCCACGGGCUCCUGCUGGUGGUGCCGCUGGCGUAUUCCUUCGGCGAGCGCGAGCGGCAGGCGGCCGAGGAGCACGUGGAGAUGUUCGGGCAGCGGGCUUGGUGUCACACGUUGGUGCUGUUCACCAUCUUCGACCGGCGGAGGCUCCGCGACUCCAGCCUGGAGGAGGAGGUAGAGGAUAACGAUGAGCUCCAGGCACUGGUGGAUAAGUGUGGCGGUCGCUACCACGCCAUGUACGGCAAGCCCCGGAGAGGGGAGGACCUGGUGGGCGAGCUACUGGGGAAGAUCCAGGGCAUGGUGGAGGGGAAACGGUGGAGCACUGCUCCCCAGUCAGGAGAUCCUGCUGGAGGCCAGGAAGAUGGAAGAGGAGGAGGAGCAGAGGGGAGAGGAGGAGAGGAUGGAGAGAGAGAAGGAGCUGAGGAGGAUGAGGGAGUCACUGAAGCAGCUAGAGGAGGAGGAAGAUGCUGAUGAUGAAGAUGACAAAAGGGCAGAGGAGAUGCAAGUGGAAGAAGAUAAGGAGUUUCCAACUCAAAGGAGAUAUAAUGAAGGAGAUGAAAACGGACACAAGAGUUCAGCAGUAAGCUUUGAUUUCAACAUGUCUGGACUCCGAUCCAGCAUGCGAAAAAGCUGCAAAACCCAAUGACACAGACACACAGACAGAUGAAGAUGAAGAUGAGGACGGAACAAAGGGGGUGCCCUGACAAGUGCAGUGCAAUGCUGCAGUGCACACUGUAACUGCAAUUUUGAUUUGAUU